ACGCAUACUGAAUCGCAAAAUUGUUUUCUAAAGUCGAUACAAACAUCCGCUCAAAACGUUCAGCGACGAGGCAUCAUUUUUCCCCGGGAUUAUGUAUUCAGUAUACUAGCUCCAAUGGGACGAUGCCUAGCAGUGCUAUUAGCAAAGACGGCAGACAUUUUUCCAAUGGAUUGAUUUAUCGGCCAAGUAGCGUGUAAACAUUGCUCAUCUUUCUGUUUUUGCAGAAAAUCACGGAUUAUAUGGCAUAUCUGUCCAAAAGGAUUUUUAUAGAAGAUAUCUGGAUAUAGGUGUCUAUACAGUGAACUGUUUCAUCUAAAUUGAUUAAGUGUUACACGGAAAAAAGCUACAUAUCUCUUGUGUGAAACAUGUGCUCUCUGUUUUAAGUAUUGGCUGGUUUAAGUGGUUUUGCGUUUAAAAGGAAAUUGAUAUGUUUCCGAUAGGUCACGUGACACAAGAGUUUUAUCGUACUUAACUACAGAUUGAAUGUUCAGAGAUAAGAAAAACACUAUUCAUUAUUCAUUAUCGUGUUGAAAAAAAUAUGUGAUAUAUUUUCUGAUUUUUUUUUAAAUAUCUGAAUGAAAUGUGAUAAAUGACGUAUAACAAAUACGGAUAACAAAUACCGUAUUAGAACACAGCGGGUGCCUUUGUACAAGGUCGAUAUUAUAGACCGACUGAUUAAUCGCAAAGAGAAAAGAACUUCGAUUGAGGCUUUCAUUAAACAAUUUGCUCAAAAGAUAUGAUGUUGACUGACUUGGAUGCGGUUUAUCAAAGGAAUUAUUGAUCACUAACGAGAAGAAAAGAAAGAGUCCAAUAUUGUAUGACAAAGUUAAGUGAUAAAGCAAUGUUCUCUGUACUUCAAAUCAAUUCAAUCGUUUGGUGAUAUAGUUUAAGUUAGGCAUUUAUCGUGUCGGGGGAUUUUGGACGUACAACGAACAUGGAAUUAAGUUAACUUCAUUAAUAAAUAAAUAAUGAAUAAGGAAUCUUUGUGAGGUUACUUCUUUGACUUUUAUUUGUUUUAAGGUCGAACUUUGCUUUUUUUACAAGAUGGAACGACGAGAGAGUAAGUCACGUGCUGACAGACGAGAAAUACGUUCCGUUUGCAUGCCGGUGCCGACAAUAGUUUUAAAUAAUUCCGACAAACCGGAACAUAUAGGAUUAUCUCAUUCACGGUCGGCAGGAGACUUAGAUACUACUGUAGCAGACGUUGAAUAUGAAAUGGCGGGAAAAGCUGAAGGAAUGACACAUUUUUCAAGUUCGGUGUCAGACGAUUUGCACGACAAAACUCAAAUAAAUGUGAAUGCAAUUGGCUUGUAUUGCUCACCUAGAAUGACACGUCGUUCAGCUAAAAGUCCCGAGGAGCCUCCUAUGAAACAAUCUGGAAUAUGUUUAGAUUCACUUAAUGCAUGUAACCUGAACUGCCUUGACCCAGGAAGCCGUGUUGGAAGCACGGUGUCUUUAAACAGUGAAUAUACCGCCCGAAGUGUAGGUCUUAUUUCAAAUGAUUCGAAUUCCGAAUACUCCUGUCACAAUUACCCUGUCAUGGAUGGAUCCAUGCAGAAGCAUAGUGUUUUGAAACGAUUUUAUUCCACACCGGAAAAAGAUGAAGACAUCAUGAAUUACACGUCAUCAGUUCGACGGAAUUCAAAAUCGUUAGGUAAUAUGCAACAGGAGGAUUUGGAAAACUUUGUUUCUUUUGAUUUUGGAAGUGAUUCUACAACAGACGACAAUUUUCAGCAAAAUCUAGAACCUAGCUGUGAUAUAGAUGAAUCGUUAGCCAGGAGAACAGGAUAUAAUGAAGACGGUGCUAAUUCAGAUGGUCAAACUGAUCGAAAUCUGGUAACGCUUGUAACCGGAAGUGCAACGCUUCGUGACGGCCGGAUACGGAAGUGGCUUACAGAAAUAACGGAGCCAGACGAAAAUUCAAAUUCGUAAUAAUUGUGAUUGUGGAUUAUUUUAUUUUUUAAAGCAAUAAAUUCUGCAGAAAUAUGCAUUCCUUAAACAAUAAUUAUGUUUUCAGAACAUCGUGACUUGUAAAUCAAAUGUAAAACUCCUAUUUUUAAUUGAAACGACUUUAACCAAAAAAUUUGAUACGUUUAAUAAAAUGUUGAAUUUCAA